GGUUAAGGAGCUAUCAGCGAGUUCAAGCCUGGAAAAAGGUCGUUGGAAUCGUAUGAUAAAUAUACCAGCGCGAUUCGCAAUCCACUUAGUCCAGCUACAGUUAUUACAGACACGAUACACGAUAAGUAUUUUCGGUUGUUCAAAAUGUUCGUAACGCACCAUUUUUCUAUCGACGAAGUGAAUAAUUUGCUUAGUGAGAGUUUCGUUAGGAUUUUUGGCAAUGUGGUAGAACACUUUCCUGCUGCUGCUAUUGGAAUUUUAAAAUGCAGACCUUUUAACAACAGCAAUGCCCUGAUUCAGGCCAUUUGUGACUUUUUGGAUGGCUUAAAAACACAUGAAAAAGAAAAGAUUUUCCAGCUCUAUCCAGACAUCUUAGAUAGCGCCAUAUGCACAUCGCCCAUGAUUUACGAAAAAGAACCAUCAUUUGUUAACAUCGAAGAAAAGAGGAAGCUCCAGGAACUAAAUAGUCGCUAUAAAGACAAAUUCGGCUACCCUUUUAUCACCACCAUCAGCGACGUCAACCACCUCUACUCAGAAAUCCAGUCGAGGAUGGAAAACAACAAGGACGAUGAGUUGCAAAGGACCUUGAGGGAGGUUAAGGCGAUUGUGUAUUUGAGAGUACAGGACAUUGUGAGCUAAGUACGUUUCAAAGACGUUGUGGGACGAGACGAAAACCUGUAACAAGGUUCAGCUGUAUCGAUUGUACACCUUAGAGUACGAAGAAGGUUAAUUUACAUAAGAUUUGAGGUUAUCUACGAAAUAGAGUACUAUUUUCUAAUAUUUAUUCUAAUGAUAUGCUUUAUGAAGAAAGUUUUGCUGUUGUACUAACUUGUUUAAACCUCUAGAUCUAGACGUUCAGUAUCGUUCUACUGGUUCAUCUUUACUUUUUUGACUGAUGUCUUUCAACAUUUUUCUGAUAAGUACUAUAAUAAUGUGAUGUUACUCUUUAUGACAUUAAAUCUUUGAAAUAUACUCCUGCCAUCACAUUUUCUCAUAACGUUUUCUUUUACCUCUUUUUCUUCUUUAAUUAACAAACCAAAAGUUUUUGUAACACAGACUGUACGUAAAAAUACAGUCUUUAAACUGAUAUAUUCUACGAUUGUGUCAACGACCAUUUAUUAGUUCAAAAAAUUACAACAAGACAUUUUUGCUGUCCGUAUUUCUUUAUAUGAACAUAUUUUAAAUAAAAUAUGUAAGUUUGAAUGUAUUUAUUUAUGUAAACAUCGAAUUUCUGUGAUUUGCUACAAAUUCCUGAUCGUAGUUUCAGAUAUUCUUUAAGUAUAUCAGUCUAUAUGCAUAGGUUAUUUUAAGAUAGAUAUUGCGUAUAUGUUCACACUUUUUUAUAUUAAUUUUAAUUAUUUGUACAUAUAUUAUUAGUUUUAGAAAGAUUUGACAUUAUAAAAACCGGUUUUUACUGUACAUAGAUAGUUUUUGUUUUUUUUUUAUAUUCUAAGUAUUAAUUUUUUAUACGAAAAGUAUUGUAAAUAUUUAUAUAAAAUAAAUAACUGAGUUAUA